CGCCCAACCAACCGCUCAGCUCAGUCUAAACAACAGCGUGCAGGAGGAAGGCGUGUGUGGCAGCGUUCUUUCAGAAUAAACGAAUUUCUGAAAGAAAAUUCAUCUCACAACACAACCCGCGUCAGCUCCACUGCGGCGUCUGCUGCUGGACCAGGACUGCACCCCAGCUUGGCGAGAUCUGUACCGCCAAUACUCUUCCCUGGCGGGGUUUACUGACCAGCGCGCAGUGCCUCCAGCGCAUCCAGUCCAGACCGCCACAGAUGAAGUGUUCACCCCAAGUCCGCUCACCCUGACUGUGAAGGCCAGGAGAUGCAGUGGGGGUUGUGUGCGAUGCCGGGCUGCCGGCUGACAGUACGAAUGAAGAAUCUCAAGACAACUUCGCGUGGCAGGCAGCAUUGACAGAUGUCAACAAGUUUCAUUAAAUAACUGCUCUACGAUUAGAUUUUAUAGACCCAAUAACAAAACACUAACAAUGACGAGCCUGUUAAACAUGUUACUGCUAUUGUGGCUAACAUUGGCAGUGAACUGCAAUGCAAUGAAUGAUCUAGAUAUUCCAGAGAGACAUCCACUUCUAAUCCCUAAGUGUUGUUCCAAGGAAGAAGUUAUCAACCAAUUGGGUCUUUGCAUGCACGUGAAUGAGACAGGUGUCACCAUGUGGAAACCUAAGUUCAUAGGAGAAGAUGGGAAAGAAGCUCAACCCCAACCAUAUUACGAGUUGACAAUGGGAUCACCUGAAUGUGAGCAGCAACAGCUUUGGUCUAUAUUUUCGCAUGCUGGGUCUUCAGACCGCCUUGUCCUUUUUCCAAAUGGAAAACUACGCCAUUACACCAGAGACAGAGAAUCAUUAGAAGCAGGUAGCGAAUUCAGCCCUGGUAAAUCUCUUGAAUCAUUUGAACAUAAUGGACUCCAAGAUGAGCCUCGAUUUUAUGAUUACAUGCAAGGACAAUACUGUCUUGAUAAGGCAAUCUUAGAGGAUGGAAGGGAAUCUAUAUACUCACAAUUAUGCAUACCAAAGCCUAUGACAGACUGGACAAAUACUGAAUUCCUGAUAUCCCGUGUUGUAGACCCUCUCUGCCACGUAUUUUGCAUAAUAUGCUUUCUGUCAAUUGCCAUAGUUUACUUUAUUUUGCCACAACUACGAGAUCUUGUUGGCAAUAUAAUAACAUCUAUCAGUAUUUGCCUCAUAGUAGCUCAGACAGCAGACCUUGUGCGUACAUUCACUGAAUUUAGUAGCCAUGUCAGCUUUUUGGUUGCUGAUGCAAUUCUAUAUACUUCUUUGUUGGCGGCAUUCUUCUGGAUUAAUAGUAUGGGUUACUAUGUACACCGACAUUUCAAGUCAAGCAAUGUCUUUUUAAGAAGUACAGAUGGACGCAAAUAUUGCUAUUAUUCUUGUUAUGUAUGGGGAUGUACAGCGACACUCGGAAUCAUUGCAUUGUUUGCCCACUUCAUGUUUCCCAGUAAAGAGACAACCACUACUCUUGUGUGCUCUGCCAACCAGAGGAAUGUUGGAUGGAUGGGGAUAGCUGUUUUCUUUGUCCCUGUUGCUGUUCUAGUCAUCAUCAACUUUUACUUUUGGAGGAGUACAGCACACACCAUAAGUAGAAUACAGUCUUUUGGUAGAAUUCACAGCAAACUAAAAUAUAGCUUUCAAAUGUUUGUGAAAGUAUUUCUGGUUAUGACAAUAGCAUGGUUAUUCUUUAUGUUGACAUGGAUUCCAUCCCCUUUAUUGUGCUACAUAAAUAUUAGCACAAACAUACUGCAAGCUUUACUAUUACUAUAUAUAUGUGUAUUGAGCCAAAAAAGAGUAACAUUUCACCUGCGUAAAACUUGCUGUUAUGACAAUUGUAUAUGUACCUGUUGUCGUCCUGGUGAACCCACCCCUGAAACUUGUGAAUGGGGAGAGGAAAUGCACUACAUUGAUACUCUUGACAACUUUAACUAAAAAUUUGUGGAAGUAAAAAGUUAAAACAAAGUUUAGGAGGAAAUGAAUUCUAAAGUAACUUUCUAUAGUUAUUAGAUGUAUAAACUUCAUUUGUUAAAUGUGUGUUAAAAUAUUGUUAACAUUGCUGUUUUACUUUUGUGUUUUUUUUUAAUUUGUAUAAAUUUUUUAUAGAACUCAA